UCCCAAUGCUGCUCCCAACAAACUCCUUCUUUUUAUUUUUUCAUAUUUCCACACGCUCAAGCACCAAAAGCCUCCUCAUAGUUGGUCAUGCAAGAUCGGUAGCGAACAGAGCUUGUCUUCAGAGCCUCCAUGGCCUUCUGAAGACCCUCCUUGGAGAUAGGAAUUUCCUCGAUCCACGACUUGAGGCCCUUGUCAGCAGCGAGCUGCAACAUCUCAAGCAUCUCACGUCGGCUACCCAAGUGCGAUGUUCCGAUGUAGCAGCCGUUGGUGAUGAAGUCCUGGUUGCGGAUGGAGAUACCAUCACCGCCGGGAAGACCAACGGAGUUCCAGUGGCCGUGCACAUCGAGCAGGCUGAGGUACUCGCUGAGAGCAAAGCCCUCGAAAGAAGUGGCAGUAUUGAUGAUGAUGUCGAAGGACAUCUCGUGGCCCUUGGUCCAGUCCUUCUCACCAGUGGCCAGGAAGCCAUCGGCACCCAUCUUGCGAGCGUCGGCCUCCUUGGCUCGUGAACGGGAGAUGGCCCAGACUUCAGCGCCGAGGGCCUUGGCGAAGAUGACACCGUAGUGGCCAAGACCACCGAUACCAACGAUACCGACCUUCUUGCCGGAUCCGGCGCCGAGACGUUUCAGUGGGCUGUAGACGGUGAUACCGGCGCAGAGCAUGGGAGCAGCUUGGGUGCUGGAGAGGGCUUCGGGAAUGGGGUAGACCCUAUGAAUUGUAAGUCAAUGAGAUCAACUGGGUGGGCAAGUGUACUCACCAGUACUCAUGCACUCGGCUGUGAGAAGAGUAACCACCCUGGGUCUUGAAACCAGUAUCGAGGUAAUCAGCGCCAUAGGCGUCGAUCUGGUGCUUACAGUAGGUCUCAUUGUCAUUCUUGCACUGAUGGCACUCAAGACACGACCAGACCUGGGCACCAGCACCGACACGGUCGCCGACCUUAGCGAGAGUGACCUUGUCACCAACACGGAGAACCUUGCCAACAACCUCGUGGCCUACGGCGAGAGGAUAAGGGCAACCGCCCCAGUCGCCGCUGAUGGUGUGACGGUCACUGGCGCAGACACCACAGCACUCGACCUUGAUGUCGACAUCGUACUCGCCAAAGGGACGGGGCUCAAAUGAGUUCUUCUGGAAGUCGGUCCAGUGCUCGGCGCUGGGGGACUGAAAGCCCUGGAACUUGUCGGGAACAGACAUGAUGAGUAUGGAAGUGUGAGUGUUGAGAUGACGAGAAAGAGAGAGUGAAGCAAUUAAGAAGUAGUCAAUUGGGGCUUCUCUUCCUUUAUAAAGCUCAUCUCAUGACGACGAGCCGACCAGGAACCCCCACUCGUCGAAACAACCUCAGAGCUCACCCCUCAUCGCGUUGACUACCGUAUCCGUUACGUGUGAGGGGCACUUUUUUUCCCUCUACUACGACCCCUCCAUCAUGAAAGAUCAUCUGAUUCGAAUAAGCGACGCGGUUUGGGGGGAGGAAUUGAAGUGUCGCAUUGAGAGAUUGGGGGUUUCGGGACGCUAUGCCCGAAUUGCAGACAGGCGACAUGCGAUAGCCGAUAGCCGAUGUAGGCAUGUCAUUGGUUGAGGGGCCAUCAUGACUCUUGACAUGUAGCUCGGAUUAUCGUGGGCCGCCGGAGUCUGAAUUCCUCCACCAAGAAUCGUGGGGGAUGAGGUAGCAUGAGAGGAGGUGCAUUGGCGAUCUGUGAGGAGGUGGCUCGAGAUGUGUUUUAUAGUUCCAUUUGCCCUGAUCAUUGAUGGGGGUAUCCUUUCAUACGGGCAUCAUAUGUUCUAGACCUUGCUAUAUCAUGUCUUGUCAAGGCGUAGUCAAGUUAUAUCCAAGUCAUUCCUCCUCAUGACCACAAAUUCGGACACCCAAAACCGAAAUCUCGCGAUCCUAAAUACCGAACAUCGCUAUAACCGUCCAAAAAGCUCACUGCUUCUUCCAGUCCUUCUUCUUCAAAGCCCUUGACUCUCCCAGUCCAAUUCCCAGCAGAAAGCUCACUCUCAUAGUCAUACCAAGAUACACAAACGGCACAUUCCCCCAAUCACUAGCAUUCCACGCCAUGACGUCCCAAUAGAUACUCGAUCCAAGCUCACUCAUCGAAAAUAAGUGUCCCAGAUCUGCUAUAAGUAGUACAAGCAAGACGGUCCUCCAAACCCGCAAAUCCGCUGUAGAUCGCAGAACGAGCGCUUCAUUGAGCGCAAAGAAGAAGAACAUAUUGGCGAGCUGCGACAUAGCUACAGAUGUAGCCUUUCCUGUUUCUGCUGGUGCUGAAGAUGCAUGGAGGAGAGAUAGGUAGGUGCCUUGGCGGAAGUGGGUGUAGAAAGCACCGGUGAGGGCGGAGAUGGGCUCAAGGAUGAGGAAGAAGAUGCGGUAGAUGGGAUGGAUGCGGAAAGCCACUUGAGAAGGCCUUGGAGUUGGAGUGGCCAUGAUGAAGGUAAGUUGAUGUGAUCGCGGAAGAUGAAUUGUGUCUUUGAUAUAUUGCUACGUGGUGAUAAUGAACAAACUCUCAGAAACUUCAGUAUGGAUGGAUCCUUGACGCGGGAAAAACUUGAUCCACUGUCUUCCCCACGACAGCCCUGCAGCAAUAAACUCUAGAAGGGCUGCAUCCUGAGACAAAAUCGAAGAUUGCUGGAACUGAGAUGCAAUAUUGGAUACUUUAGCUUGAGACCUAUUAAUCUACGAGUUAUAGCACUUGUCUUGAAGAUACCCAAGCAAUUAUCGGCCUUUAAGCUGAAUGCUCCGUAGGGUAGCCAUGACGUCCAGACUCAGGACACUUCGACCAAAAUGUCGAGGUCUAGACCUUGAAGAUUUAAAGCUUCAGGGUAAAGUCAAUCUGAGCUCAUAUAAAUCCAGAUGAACCCAAAUGGAGAAUUUCCCUGUUGUGGCUGACCGGUUCCAUGGAACCGGUAUCGGAAUGUCCGGUUCACCAAUUGUAAGCCGGACUCAAGUUCUUCUGAAGGACUUGUCGAUCACUUCCUCCAAUCCGUCAGAGUUUUUCGUUCUCCGGGUGUCAGGGGCUGCUCUACGCAAACCCCUUUGCAAACCGAUUCAGGCUUGAACCACCCACCCUUAGAGGGACAAUGUUGUUGAUGAAACUGCAGAAUCAGGGUCUUCAGCCCCCGUGGAUGAGAUCAGUCAGUGAGUCCAGCUAAAUCCGGGGUUGCUUUGGGGGAUUAGCCUGUUUGGGGUGUUGAUUUAGACCCCUGGAAGGUCUGGACGCAUUGAGUGUUGCACUGCGUGGGUUCUCGAAGCAACGCUGUUGUUGUGGUGAAUCGAUGUUACACAGCCAUUGGCCGUUGGAGGUCUGGUCAAUAGGGAUCAACGGUGUUGAUAUGAAGGCCCAACAUUGUUGCUACUUUGCAAUCACAGUUAUUGUGGCAUUGUUGCACUACUCAGUACCUGCAGAUUUCUUUGCAGAAGAAUCAGCAGCGGAAAUAAGAAUACGGAAAGUUUGCAUCGCCACUUUGAGUUUCUUUCGCCCUGCUUGGUAGGUUUGGCUGAGGAUGGCUUGGAGGCUUGAUGGAGGGGCGGCUAGCGACAGGUGCUACUCCUACCGUGUUCAAGGGACCUCACCGCUACAGAUUAAAAAAGCAAAGAGAGUUUGUUUUACCGUCAUAAUUCUUUAGCUUCAUAAACAUCUUCUUCAACGACGUAGUAGAGCUUGUUCAGACCGGACCGAGGAAAAAGAGAAUCGCGGGCCCCGAGAAAAACUGGAACCGUACGAUCCACCUCCGCUCGAUAGUAAUAAAUCAGGAAAUCGUUGUCCUUCCCGCAUUCCCAAGACUUCCUUCUGGGGCAGCGCUAGCUCACAAGUGCAUGUCAUCGUGUACUGUAGAUGGCGUUAAGCAUGACUUGGGACCAGUCGCCUUACAUCACCGCCAAGGGUCGUUUAGUAUCGUGACUCGCCCUGUGGGGCACUAGCUGAUGUUAAGAGAUACUUUUGAUGUCUUCCCUUUCCUAGACGACACCCUCUCCUUCUUUUAUUCCCCUGAUCAUCCCGUUCUUCUCACUCGUCUUGUUGUGUUGUGCCGUACUGUGCUGUGCUGUACGUACAGUGAAAACCCAAUCAGUGACCCCCUGUUUCUCAGAUCCCUUCAGUGGCAGUUCAGUUCAGUUCGCCCUUUAAAUUCAAGCCCCCCUGUCUUCCAUUAACUUUACCGGGAUUGCUAAUCGCAACGGUUUUUUUUUCUCAAGAAGCCUGCUCUUCCUCCCUCACAUCUAUCCCCAUUCCUUUUCUACUCCUUUUUCUGUUGUUCUUUUUCUGCUUUUCUGUUGGGAUCAGCACAGAGCGUAUACCGAGUACUCAACUAAAGAACCCUCUGAAACCUCGGUCUCUUAUUUUUGAGUUGUUUGCUCCGUGUACCGUUGCCACCCAACACCAAACGACCCAACGCCAGAAACGGGCCCAAAGCAAAUCAAGGUUCCGCGAAACUUAAAGGAAGGCCUGAGACCGCCCUGCGACCAGACCCUACCGACCGCCCGAUCGUAAACAACAACGACAGAGGUCAAAAUCUGCGACGAGCGCAUUCAUUUAGGUCGUUGUCCUUCACUGCUCGGCUAUUUGGUCGACUCGACAUUCCUUCAUAUACGUUGUUCGAUUAUUUGCGUUUCCAGCUCCGAUAGUUCCAGCACAGCCCGCUUGGACUUGAUACACGUUCCUUUCUAGUUCGACAGUUUUGCUACCACCUCGAAUAUGACCAAGCGCAUUUUCCCCAUCAGCGACUGGGCUCCUGCUCAAGAGGCCAUGUUGGAAUCUCCCUCCGAAUCUUCGUGUCUGGGCAUCUCGACGCCUGCCCAGACUGUGAACACCACUCUCCACCCUGAAGCAGCCGCAAUGCACACAGCUGCCCCCCCUCGAAACCGUAGCAUGAGCCUUUCUAUGCCAUGGCGACGUCCUAAAUCAUUUGCUUUUGGUCAUUACCAUUCUCAUUCGCAGCAUCUUUCUCGGCAUUUUAGCGAUCUCGCUGUUGACGAUACCGAGGACGAGUUCCACGAUCUGAACAGCGCCCAUCACGAGACCCAGCACCAACACCACUUCCACACUCCAGGUGCCAAGCAGAUCAAAGGCAUGUUUCGCCGCGCUUCACUGUCGAUCAACCGAAUGGUUCAUCGACGACCUUCGAUUGCCGAAGAUGUCGAACAAACCGAAACUAAUAGACCUACUACUUCAUACAACAAUGCGCACUCGACUUGGAGCCGUCUUCGACAAGCAACCGUUCGUCGUUCACGAUCGAUAUAUGGAUUCGACCUGAAACAUGACCAGAACGCCUACAACUACGAGAACUCCUCGCAUCUCCCGAUUCCCGGUUUCCGUGGGGAGCCACCCGUCAUUCCUAGCAACUCCGGAGCUGCUGCUAAGGCCUCAGCUGCUAUGCAGAAUGAAUACCUGGCUCGUCAGGGACUGUACAACUUGUGGUUGAAUCCUAGCACCAACGACGAGAGCAACGAUCGUGAGAGCGGAAUUGGGAUUACAGUGACACUUCCUGGAGCCGAGAGUGAGACUGAGAUAGAGCAAAAUGCUGCUAUUAGCACGAUCGACUUUGUCUCUAGACUCCCUGCAGAGCUCGCUAUUCAUGUCCUCGCAAACCUCGACGCUCCAGCACUCACCAAGACCAGUAUGGUUUGCAAGAACUGGAAUAAGAUUGUCAGUAACCAGCACAUCUGGCGUGAGUCUUGUCUUCGCGAGACUACUACCACUUAUGCUACAAGCGAGCCCGUUGCGCCCGGAUGUGGUCUCGGAGUUCCUGCUAUUUCACCGGCAAAUGACUGGAAGGACAUUUACCGUAUCAAGCAGGAGUUGAGCCAGCGAUGGAAGACUGGCAAGGCCAGACCUGUCUAUCUGAAUGGACACAAGGAUAGCAUCUACUGCCUUCAGUUCGACGAGCACAAAAUCAUUACUGGUUCCCGCGACAAGACGAUUCGGGUCUGGGAUAUGCAUACCCUUGAAUGCACCCUCAUUAUUGGACCACCCGAGGUCAUCGCCGAACCUGACAUGCUCAUUGACGAGGAUGGCAACCCUACUCAUUUCGCUUCAGGAUCCUCCGACAACGAGAAGUCAAAUUUCUCUAUGCCUCGCAGUACAUCAUUCCCCACACAUCACAUGGCCUCUAUUCUGUGCCUGCAGUAUGACGACGAGAUCCUGGUCACUGGAUCCUCCGACUCUACCUGCAUCGUUUACGACGUACGCGCAGGAUACCGUCCUAUUCGCCGACUCCGACACCACACCGCAGCGGUUCUCGAUCUUGCCUUUGACGACAAGCAUAUCGUCACAUGCAGCAAGGACUUCAGUAUCUGCGUCUGGGAUCGACACACGGGCGACUUGAUCAAGCAGCUUCGGGGGCACAGCGGACCUGUUAACGCAGUACAGAUGCGGGGCAACACCAUCGUGUCUUGUUCGGGAGAUUUCCGCGUCAAGUUGUGGAACAUUGAAACAGGCAAAAAUAUUCGUGAGUUCACGGGGCACACCAAGGGGCUUGCUUGCUCCCAAUUCUCCGAAGAUGGCCGAUACAUUGCAUCUGCUGGUAACGACAAAGUUAUCCGCAUCUGGGAUGCCAACACAGGCGAGUGUCUCCGAGAGAUGCGCGCCCACGAGAACCUGGUCCGUAGUCUGCACAUAGAUAGUGUGAGCGGCCGACUGGUCUCUGGAAGCUACGACACCGACAUUAAGGUGUGGGACAUGGAAACUGGACACCAGCUGCUCGACUUUCCGAAGUGGCACGCAAGCUGGGUUUUGAGUGCGAAGAGCGAUUACCGUCGCAUCGUCAGCACAGGACAGGACCCCAAGAUUUUGAUAAUGGAUUUUGGUGCUGAUGUUGAUGGUAUUGAGACUAUCGAGAGUGCCAGGCCUUUACAGAUCGAGGGAGGGUUUAUCUGAGGCCUGAGCAUGCGACGGAAUAAUAUGAUUGGGGGGAUACUAAUAUGCCAGACGAACACAAUUGAACUGGCUUUUACGACUUUAUGACAUGGAAGGGUUUGCUAGACUGAUUUUAAGAUGUAAAGCAAGCAUUAGGGCAUGUUGGACGAACAUGCUAGGACAUGGUGCAUGCGCGCAACCUCAGGGAGCACAUUUGAGAUCGGGCGAUGGAUCUAUCGCUCAUGAGGAUUACUCGCCAAUAGCGUUAUGAGCGAUCUGGAUCACAUAGACUGCGUCUGGAGUUUAUAUGAAUGAAUUUACUUAACUAUUGCUUCCGAGUCCUGGGGUCUUGUCAUCCGAAUCUCUGAUUUUGUGCUUCGUUUCACGACGGACGAUGGAUUAAUUUGUUUAAGUGGUUACAGGGUUCAUGGCCGAUGCGUGAAACAUGGGAGUCCGAGAUCUACGGGAACGCGCAUCGAUAUCGAAAUGCGGGAUGAAGAAGGAUGCGGAGUGAAACACAUAGCGUGUGAUGGAUAUACGUAGAUCAUGUGAAGGGAACAGAUUUUGCAUAAACACGCACCCUGAACUAAUUAAUAUAUAUCAUGUCUGCAUGUUCAUGUUAGCAGUUCACCUGACUUUGACGGACUAUCCUGUGCUAUAUCGGGUAGGUGGUAUAGAUUUAGAGUAAUUGUUGUACCACAUGCAGGCGACCGUUGACCUUAAAUGCGACUCUACC